AUGGCAAUCGACGACUUUGGAAACAGAAACCGACGAAACAGAAAACUACCACCUCUCCGCCGCAUCGGACGUAAUCAAUUACAGUCUGGCGGUCCCAAAAGGACUGGGCGUGUCAGAUCGACACCUUAUGAUCGUUCGAGACCUCCCAGAGGAGACAUAAACGGCCAGUGGUCGCAUGACCUUUUCGAAGAUGGAACUGAAAACCCACGGCGUUCUAGUGCAAUUAGUAAGCGUCUUACGUUCAAUCAAAAUGGAAAUCCCAGGCUAGUUGUAGAAAAUCUAUUUUACGAAGUUACGCAAGACGACCUUCAGGAGUUAUUCUCUGAAUACGGGUCUAUCAAGAAAAUCUAUUUGCAUUAUGAUCGUGCCGGUCGAAGUACGGGGGUGGCUGACAUUACUUUUGAAAACUCGGGAGAUGCAGCAACAGCUUUAGAUAAAUUGAACGGAGUAGAGCUUGAUGGUCAAAAGAUGCAUAUUAAGUUUGCAGCGUUGAAGCCUGGAUUGAAAGUUUCUAACGGACGCUCAUCGAAUAGUUCGAGUUGGAGUGCAUCAGUAUUUGACCGGUUAGGGGAUUCCCGCGGCUCCUCAAUAAAACAAGGAUCUUCCAAUAUUCGCUCAAGAAUCGGCCACACAAAGACCGAUUCCAACUCGGCGUCAAAUUCUGGGAGUAGACUGAGUGGGCGAGUACGCGAGCGAGCUCGUGAUACGUCUAAUCAAGAUAAUGAUAGACGAAAGACACCAUCCCUGCGAAAGGUUAUUACGUACGAUGAAUUGGAUGCGGAUUUAGAUGCAUAUAUGGCUAUUGAUGUAAGCAUAACGUAA